AUGUUGCCAUCCGCGAUGGCAGAAAAUGGACAGUGGAAACAUGCCGCUUUGCACUAUUUGCUCGAAAUGACCAAACAACCGAAUCCGUUCACCGGAUCUUUGUUCCCGUCAAAUAGUAUGAUCAAUAUGAAUAACAACAACAGUCCACCCACUCCAACAACACGUGUUCACGGAUCGGUAAUCCACAAACAACAACAACCACAACAACUGUACCAACCGGCCGGAUACCUGAUGGACAGUAGAAAAUCCCUGACCACAACCACUCCGACUGUGUAUGUGCCUUCUGGUGAGUGCGGAUCGAAAACCGCUCACAAUCUGUACGGUAUGAAGUCGUCGUUGCCGGUCCAAACAAAUUCAUCUGACUUGUCCGAUUCCCCGGUCUGUCCGGAAAUGAUUUUUCAAGAGGCUUUUCAACAAUACGUCAGUAGUACUUCAGUAUCUUGUGGUAAGUAUACUGCUAUUGCCCCUUGUGUUCGCCAAAUGUGCUUUCUGAUGGAAUCUGUUGAUCGAAUUACAUAA